AUGGAUGAUGAUGAGUUCGAGGUGCCGGACGUCUUCGAGAGUGGGGGUGACGGUGCUGGGGCCGGAGACGGAGAGGAGAAGGCGUCAGCUUCUCAACCAGCAGAAGGCGAGCGACGUGGACGUGGUCGAGGGCGAGGACAAGGAUCAGAGAAGAGCGCGAAGCACCGUCGUGGUGCUGCCAAGGCCAAAGCUAAACCAGUUGAGGCCAAGGUCUGCAAGACCUGUUUUGUCGCCCUCUGUAACAGGAAGACGAAGGCGCAAAGCAAGUUUUGCGGGGAUCAUCAUCGCGACGCAGAAGCGAUGAAGUAUCAAGUGCGGCAGAAGCAGAAGGAUCACCCGGAGAGGAUCGCGGCAGUCAACUUGGCAUUGGCCGACCCGGCCAAAGCUAAGCUUGCUUUGGACGAUUUUGCCCGACUAAACCCGCCUGGAAGGUUUAGAAAGGGGCUAAUAGACUGGACCUCUUUUGUCCAGCGCUUCGGGAAAAGGGUUGAGACGAGGACCAGACAGGGCGAGGAAUUGAUGGAUGCCACCGACUACAUUCGCUGGCAGACCCAAGAUCGAGGUCUCACUCAGGAACAGGCUCAGAAAAAGUGGCUUGAGCUUCUGGAGUCAGACCUUGAUCGUGAAGGUGACGGUACUCCCCACAACACCUCCGUUUGGGUGCCAAGGAACAAGACUCGCUUCAAGGAUGUCAUCCGCUACAAGGACCAUGGUGUCGAGGAAGGCUCCAAGCAGGCCAAGAACAUGCAGGAUCUCUUGGACCACGUGAACAAGCAGAGCGAUUCCUUUGCAGAUCCAUGGUUGAGACGUGGCGCAGCUCAGCGGGACGAUGAGCCAGCAGGUUCUGCUUCGAAGGCCGAAGAGAUGGAUGUUGAGGAUGACGAUGCCAAUGCCAAGAAGGGCUCGAACGUGGAGAUUGUCAUUGCAGGCCCUCGUGCGUAUGAGAAGAACGAGAAGGUGGUGAGCACUUGCUCUUCAGUGGUCGCAGCAGGCGUCAAGGCGCUGACUGAAGCGCUGGACAUGUCGAAGGCCCAACCCAGCACUGAGAAGUUGCAGACUUCGUAUGAGCACACAUGUGCUGUGCGUCUUCGCAUCCUGCACAUAUGGCAGUCGCAUGAGGUGAGUAGCAUUCCCGAGCUUUCCAGCAUUACCGGCAUUACCAGCACCGCCAAUCAAGGUGGUAAUGAUGGAGAGAAGUCAGCCUCGAAUGGUGAUGGUGACAAGGCACCGGCAACUCCGGCAACUGAUGGUGAUGCAGCUGCCAAGCAUGCUGAGUGUACUCCAGAGAAGCUAGUUCCGGUGUCAGGUGCCAAUGCCAAGUCCUCGGCCUCAACCACUUCUCCUUCAGUGUCAUCAUCUAUGAAGGUGAGUAGCAUUUUGCGAAAGUCUUUGGAGCCUGGUGCUGGCAACUCCGCAGCUCAGCAUGUCGCCGAUGUCAGCCAUGCUUUGUGCCGUGCUGAGAUGAACGAUGUGCAUCAAUCCAUGUUGGGUUGUGAGACCGUUGAUGAUCUGCACCAGCAGGUUGACAAGCUGAAGAAUGCUGCAGCGGUCGUGAAACAGCUGAAGGAUGGUGCGACAAAGGCGGCGGCUAGCUUGAAAGCCCAUAUUCAAAACCGUCUCAAAGCUCAGAAGCGCAAGCUGCAACAAGAUGAGAAGCAGAAAGAGCAGGUUGAAAUGAACGCCCGCAAAAGACAAGCCAAGGAGGCGGCCUUGGAGGUGAAGAAGCAGGCAGAUGCUCUUUCGCCAGUGUUCACAAUCGAGUGGGGGGACCUCAAGAAUGCCGAGGACAUCCUCAGUGGCAAAGCCGUGCCAGUGUUCAGCGGACCUGCAGUGGGCAGCAUCACUACCUUGGACACGCCGUGCUGCAUUGCUAGUGUUUCGGCAGUUGCCACCUUCAUGAAGAACCCCAAGGUGCAAGUGAUGCUGGGUGGCUUUGGAGGCUCCUACAAAAAGUCCGCAGCCCUGAAGCAGAGCAACAAGUGCCAAGAGUUGAUUUACAAGAACAAUGGUGUUGAGGAGUGCGACGCCUUGUUCAAUGAGGUUGCCGGAUUGUUCAAGGCGCCGUCCUUUGUGGAGGCUGGCGCUAAUGGCAUGGAGAAGUAUUUGGUUAAUGCUUCCAGCUCACAUGUGGGGCAAUCUCCAAAUGGCCUCCCAUCCUUCAAAGUCCUUUGCAGUGGAGAGAUCGCUUGGUGCUUGUAUGACCUUAAGAAGCUCGUUCCGGCCAUGAAGAUCUUGUUAGGCAGGGAUAAUGUGGGCGGUUUGGAUGGCGUUCAGACCUUCGUGAAAGACCUCACUCCGGCAAAGGCCAUUUCACUUGCUUCGCAUGGUUGUCACCCAUAUUGGAUUCACCAGAAGGAGCAGCAGAUCCUCUACGUGCCGUGUGGAUACAUUGCAGCGGAGCACUGCAAGAAGGGUGUCCUGAUCUAUGGAGUUCGUCGAACGCUUCUGCAUGUGUCAGCUGAAGCAGCUGAGAGCUAUGGCUUUCUGAUGUCGUUGCAUGAGCAAUCGGGCAAGCCUCUAGACAAGUUGCGAGCAACGUGUGCUCUGCUGACACUUUCAGAGACAGAGUAG